AUGACUUUUCACACUAAGGCAGCAACAGAAGAAGUAUACGAGAUGUUCAAUCAAUCGCUUAAAAAUGAUAGCGAAGAUGAGUCAGAUCACAUGUAUAGUGAUAAUGAGGAAGAUUUUGAAGAAGAUGGUCAUGACGACGGAGAUGAUGAUGACGAGAAAGACAAUGAAUAUAGUCAGUACCAAGGUAAUAUUAGUAGUGCUAAUGGCAGCAAGGAGGAGAAGGCUAGUAAUAGUGAUGAGCAGUAUGAGAGCUAUUCUAACAACUCAAGAGGAGAUGAAGUAUUAGUAUCAAAUGCCCUGGCGACACCUGCUAGGGGCCUCCAGGCACACAGCCGAAAAGCUAGAAUGCCUGCCAUGACUCCUAUUGCCGAAGCCACUGAAACCACUGGUCCUCAUUCUCCCAUAUUAGAGAGAUCUCUCGUCAAUGCAGCCCACGAGUCAGUUAGAAGGUCUGUCUGGCAUAAAAUAGAGCCAGUACUCGAGGCAGCUGGAGUCUAUAAACGCAUCAACUUAGACUGCAAAAAGAGUGACCAGUUCAAAAAGGCUCUUAAAAGUAUUAAAACUGGCGAAAAAUCAUCAAAAACCGCAUCUAAUCUGGUGAUUGAAUUUCCGCAGGUUAACGAUAUCUUUUGCUUAAAAAAGAUACUUGGUGAGGGUGCAUAUGGAUCGGUCUACCUAGCCGAGUCUGGCUCAGGUCAAUGGAAAGCCAUAAAAGUUGAAUCAACAGUGCUCCCUUGGGAAUUUUACACCGUUUUAACUGCCCAGGAGAGGUUAGUAUCUAGUCGGGACUUUCAUUCAAUUAUAGGGGUGGAUGCAUUAUACGCCUUCAACGAUGAGCAGUACAUGAUAUUAGACUAUAUUUCUCAAGGAACAGCGCUUGAUUUGGUAAACCUUGCCAAUUCCGUUAGUGAAGGCAAUUCAGGAUUGGAAGAGGUUGUUGCAAUUUUUUUCACAAUCGAACUUCUCCGCGUAAUUCAGUCCCUACACAACGUGGGUAUUAUACAUGGAGAUAUCAAGCCAGACAACAUUAUGAUCCGUUUACCAGAAACCCCUGCUGACAUGUGGAGCAAGUAUUAUAGACGUGAUGGUACUGAAGGUUGGGGAGAAAUGGGUAUUGUGUUGGUGGAUUUUGGUAAAAGCAUCGACACCAAUUUAUUCCCUGAAGGGACUCAGUAUUUGGCUGAUUGGGAUCUUGACCCAGACCAAGAUUGCGUCGAGAUGAGGAGGAAUCAGCCCUGGGAUUAUCAGACAGAUUAUCACGGAUUAGCAGGCGUUAUCCAUUUAAUGUUGUUUGGAAAGUUCCUGAAGAUCCAGGAAGAGCUAGUUGAAGGAGAACUGAUACUACGGUUAGCCACGCCAUUCAAACGAUACUGGCAGCGGGAUCUUUGGAACCAACUAUUUGAAUGUUUGCUGAAUUCAAAACUUGCAGCCUCAAAGCUUGGAUAUGAAGGAUUACCACUCAAUUCGCAUUUGGAAAAUCUAAGGCAUCAGUUCGAGGACCUUCUCGAACAGAAAAGCGAGGGCCAAGGAAUCUCCUUGAAAUCGUCGCUGAUUGGAUUACAGCAAGAAUUGAGGCAGAGGAAGGGAAGGUAG